AUGAUCAUUCGCAUACCGUCCGGGACGCCGCCGGCCACUCGUGUCCCCCCGCUCUUCUCAGUGUUCAGAAUCCUGCCUUUACUCCUCACUCCCGAACGCUCUGAAAGCUCGUUCCAUAAAAGAUCUCUCAGAGCGGGGGGGGGGGGGGGGGGGGGGGGGGCCCCCACGUACAGUACCAACACGCUUCACCCCCGCGGCGAGGCGCAGGCCUCUCGGCUGAGGUGUCCCUCGGUCCCUCCGAGAUUCCCUCAGCCCCACACCUCUCGGUCAUAG